AAUAGGUUAGGGGUGGGGAGAAAGGCUGUUUACUUCCUCUCUUCAAGUCAGCUAGGUCUCUUGAGGGUUCCCAUCUGUGGUGACUUGCCCACUCAAACACACAGCAUGUGGCAGCUGCUCCCACCAGCAGCUUUGCUGCUUCUAGUUUCAGCUGACACACGAGCUGCAGAUCUCUCAAAGGCUGUGGUGCGCUUAGACCCUCAGUGGGACCGAGUGCUCAAGAACGAUAGUGUGACUCUGAUGUGCAAGGGAGCCUACCCUGUUGAAGACAAUUCCACAAAGUGGUGGCACAAUGGGACUCUCACCUCAAAACAGACCUCCAGCUACUUCAUCGCAGAUGCCCAGGUUGAGGACAGCGGCGAGUACAAGUGUCAGACAGGCCUCUCUGCACCCAGCGACCCGGUGAAGCUAGAAGUCCAUGUAGGCUGGCUAUUGCUCCAGCCCACUCAACGGGUGGUAAAUGCGGGAGAGCCCAUUGAGCUGAAGUGUCACAGCUGGAAGAAAACUCCUGUAGUAAAGGUCCAGUAUUUCCAGAAUGGCAGAGGCAAGAAGUAUUUUCAUCAGAAUUCUGACUUCCGCAUUCCAGAAGCAAAACUUGAACACAGUGGUUCCUACUUCUGCAGGGGGAUUAUCGGGACAAAAAACGAGUCUUCGGAGUCUGUGCAGAUCACUGUUGUUCAAGGGAACUGGAAUGCAAAAGUAGGAGGUCAAGAGAUACCUGGAGUAACAGGUGGAGAAAUUUUACAAACCGUCUCAUCAUUCUUUCCACCUUGGCACCAAAUCACUUUCUGUCUGGUGAUGGGACUCCUAUUUGCAGUGGACACGGGGCUGUAUUUUUCUGUUCAGAGAGACCUUCGAAACUCAGAGGAAUGGAGGGAUGGCAAAGUCACAUGGAGCAAGGGCCUUUAGGACAAAUGAAGGCAUCUCUGGAAGCAGCAGGAAAAUUACACUUCAGACUCUAGGGAUUUGAGGAUCCUUCACCCAGUUCUGUUUCUUCUAGUCUCCUAUGGAAAGAAAGUGCCAACAGUGAAGGACCAGAAAAUAUCUGCAUUACCAGAAAUAGAAGUCUCAGAGCUACUUGGAUGCUUUCUGUAUUCCAACCAUUCUAUCCCAAGAGAACAACAAUACAGACUCUCAAAGAUUACCCCUGAUGUAUGAAGACUGUGCUUAAAUAAAUGGAUAUGUAAAUACGAGAAUUCGUGGUGGAGAGGCAGCUGGAUGGUGGUCUACAUCUGUUGCUGCAGACUAGCUGCCUUCAAAGCACCCUAAAACUCCUUCUAGAUAGACUGUGGGUACAUUUGGGGGUCUAGGGAAGAGAGCACAACCAAUGAAGAGGGUGGCUAGUAAAGAGCAGGGUAGUCCAGGAUAGACUAGACAGGACCCCCACCUGGGCUGUCUUCCUAGAACAUGAACCAUGGUGGAAGUAAAAGAAAAUCACAGAAGUGAGAAAGGAUUGAGUUUUCCAGGGGAGCCCCUGUCAAAAGUAUACAAUGUGAGUCUGUGAGUAUACAAUGAUAAACCCUCUCAAUGUCAUAAGUAGAAAAUGGUCCAGGAAGGGGGUUAGGGGUUGGAGGAUUUGCAAAAGAAAGCACAGAAUAAACUCAUUGGAAGGAACAUUGCUGUCCCAAAUUAAGCCCAGUGAACAAAGAUAUAUAAGUGUCUAAACUGAGAAAGCAUUACAAGAAAAAGUCAACCACAGCUGCACAGGAAGGAGUCGGCAGGAGAUAAGGAUGCUUUUAUACUGAGAAUUAGAGAGAAGGGGCAUAUAAAACCAGAAUUUUCACUUCAGUAUCUAAUUCAGCUUUAUUCACAUCACCCUUAAACAAAUGUUGGAUAAUCACUAUUAAAUGUACUAAACUCUACUGAAUUAAAUCAUGAACUUUGAAAUCCUUCAGCAUGUCAAUAAUAAUGGAGUAGAGGUGAAGUCAAUCAUUGCUUAUGGAAGAAAGAUUUAGCUAUGUCUCUUUGUGUUUUAGAAGCUUUAAACUGAACAUUUCUUGAUUCCGGUAAGGCAUUUUACAAGAUUCUGAAUGUUAUUGUUAGAUAGAAGAUGGAAAAACCAUGAUAAUAAAACAUGAAUGAUGGAA